CAUAACAGAGCGGACAUCAUUUAUGAAUGCAUUAAAAGUAUUGCAAAACAUUUAUCCUCUUUAGACACAGAAAAGUGAAGUUUAAAACAAAGUACGGAGCAGCUUUACGUCCCAGUAAACUAAAUAACAAUAUGGGUAAGGUGUAUAUUGCAAUAGGGAUUCUUGUUCUGUUUCUGCAUAUGGAUGUUGCAAUAAAAUCAGAAACUGGUGAAAAGACUGUUAAAGAGGGAGAUAGCACCACAGUGGUUCCUGGAAUAAAUAACAGCAAUGUCACUACAGCAAAUACUACAACAGGAAAACAGGUUGGAUAUACAACAAAAACUGAAAAUACAACAUGGAUAAGUGAUUCAGAUGCAGAUAUAACCUCAACAACUGUCAAAGAGCAGUCAAGUGUGACUGAGUCAACAAUAACAAAUGUGACAGAUACAACAAUAGAAAGUAUGACAGAAAUAACAGUAGCAAGUGUGACAGAUUCUACACAACAAAAAGUCACACAAAUGACACAGAAGAUGGUGACAAGUGUGCAAUAUACUAUUCAGUCAAGUGUGACAAACAUGACAAAGAUUGGUGUCACAGAUACAGCACUGACAAGUGUGACAAAUGCAACCAGAUCAUCUGACCAUACAUCUGCAACAAUUAACAUCAACGCAAACAUCAGUAAACCAAUCUAUCAUAAGUGUCCUAGAAGAGUACCAACAGGUUGGAGAAUCGAGCCCUUAAAAAAGUUAGAAAAACUUUUGACGGCACAACCUGAAUGUAAAGUUGAUAUGAAAAACCUGAACUGGACCAGAUGUGAUCGCAACAAUGUGACAAUUUCUAUGGUCAAAACAGAGGACUUGUUAGCAAUUUUAGAUGAAAUGAAUAAAACGGAAAAUUGCCCUAUAGACAUUUGUGAUUGGAACAUUAUCAAAAUAACAUUCCCAUUCCCAACUAACGUCAUCCUACCCAUUGCACAGAUGAAUUCCUUACUUAUGGGUGCUGAAAACUGUGGUGUGAACACUUCCUUUUUUAAGUGGUUGAGUAGAUUUGAUGAAUGUACAAAUACAACAAAAGCUAUACUGUCUUCCGUGGAGUUCGAAAGAAUUAUUGACAUAGGAGGUAAGAAAUGUGUGAAAAAACAAUGCAAGGCCCCUAACAACCCAUACAGCCGUUUGAAAAAUGAUGUCACAAAAGUACUUGUCGUCAUGGAAGUUUACGUGUUUAGUAUUAUAUGCUUUAUGGGUAUUGUAGGCAAUAUUCUGUCUUUUUUAACACUUUCAUCAACAGAUAAAGUGAAUACAAGCGUCUUCAUCUUAAAGACACUUGCUAUUACAGAUGGUAUUCACCUAUUACUAAGAAUACUGACACAGCCAUACAAUGCUGCUUAUUAUUAUACUGACUGGAUCGAAAAAUCUGACAAUAAACUGAAAGAAACUCUCGCUGAUACAUAUAUGAAAGUGGUAGGUUAUGCCAUACCAUUAGUCGAGAUGGCUCAGAUGGCUAGUGCCUGGUUGGUCGUGUUCCUCACAUUGGAUAGGUUUAUCGCGAUCUGUUUCCCGUUCAAGGCAUUGUCAUUUUGCAGCAUGAAGAAGGCAAGACUUGGCAUUAGCAUCGUUAUCACAGGAGCAGUCCUCUACAACAUCCCUUUAUACUUUGGUUAUGAUUAUCAAGUGCAACGUAAUGAAUGCACAAAACUUUAUUUCAUUAACAUAAUCCUUAACACACUUGGGAAGAACAUUGUAUACAGGGGGUUAUACACACUGGGAUUAAAUCUUGUAUUUCGAAAUGUACUCCCAGUGGGACUAGUCUUGGGGAUGAACAUACGGCUCGUUCAUGAGUUGAGACUCUCUCGUCAGCGACGUCCACAAAUGAUGUCAAUAACUGACAAAGACAUAGAUAAAAAAGAGAAAAACAUCACUGUGACAUUGAUCAGCAUUUCAUUUGUGUUUCUCAUUUGUGUCAUCCCAAUGGUCGCCUUGUCAAUCUGGCAGAUAAUUAAUUUCAGUAUAAUUAAAAAUAAACUUGGAAACAAUGCAACACUCACGGGAUCAAAAUAUAACGCAACCUUAACAGGACUUAUGCUAUAUUGGAUGGUGGUAGACUUGCUUCUUAUAAUCAAUUCGGCCAUAAAUAUUCUUGUGUAUUGUUUAGUGAGGACACAUUUUAUGAGUGAUAUGUGUAGAAUGUUAAGGUGUAAAUACAGAAACUUAUAUGCGACAAGAGCGACACAAUUAACAGGAUCUGCAACGAGGUCUGGCUCAAGAGGAUCGGGUUCAGGAAGCGGUAAGCCUGGGUCAGAACAUAAAAAUAUGACUGCUCUGUAGUUAAAUACACGGCGUUCAGGCUAAGAAUCUGCUCUAUAUUAAGAUAUAUGAGUUACAUGUACAUCUGAGAACACAUUUCUUGUAUACAUAGACUAAAACUUAAGCACAUUUGACUACUUCAAAUAGUCCCUGGGGAGCAAUGGUCAACGUGGUUACUAAACAAUAAAAUAACACAUUCACUGAAGCAAGCUAUUUUCAUAAGUGUGACAUGAUUGACCCUUCCUGAGAGAUAAUACCUGUAUGUUUUAGUUCAUUGACUACUUAAUUGUAAUCUUGGUAUUGUAGGAAAAACUUGAAUAACAA